ACGCUCGAAAGCACCAAAACACCGAUCCAACCUAAGAAAGAAAAACGAAACUCCGAGGUUCCUAUUUUUCCCACUGGUACACCCAACUCAUCUCACACGCACUUCACUCUAGCUUUUCUCAACUUUGACCCUUGACUCUUUCUCACUCUCCACUCCUAUAUAUAUGCAACCACAUCACACUCCUCUUUUUUCAUAACUGAACUUCAAAUAACACAUUACCUCUCUCUACCUACUUGUAACUCGAUCCAAGCUCCAAAAAAAAAAAAACCAAAAACAGAACUGUUUACUUGAUAUGGGAAACUAUUCUUCUUGUUUCUGUAUCCACCGAUCAAACCUUAAAACUGCUAAACUAAUUGAUUCUAAAGGGACUCUAAGACAACUCAAGCUCCCAGUUAAAGCUGCUGAGCUUAUGCUCGAAGAACCUGGCUACGUUGUUUCAGCUGCGCAUGAGCUUCUGCGGACAGGUCGCGUCAUAGCCUUGCGAGCUGAAGAUGAGGUUUUAGCUAGAAAGGUUUACCUUUCUCUCCCUUUAUGUAGGGUGAACCGUAAGAUUUCUGAGUCUGAGAUGAGGAUUAUUCAGUGUGCUGUUGCUGUUGAGAAGAUGUCCCCCAAAAAGAAAAGUGGUGCCAAGGUUUUACCGGCUGUGGCUGUGGAGGUGAAGGAGGAGGAAGAGGAGAUUGAGAGUGAGGUUGUUGGGGUUUUGGAAGAGCAGGAUACGGAUUUUUCCGGUUGCAGAUUGGCGAAUUACCAGCGGUGGACUCCUGUGUUAGAACCCAUCUUUGAGGAGCCUUAUUAAGGCAAGAGUCUUCCUAUUUUCAAUGGAAAAUUUGAGUGAAUGAGAAUAUAUAUGUUGGAAAGUGAAGGACGAUGUACAUAAAGAGUUGUUCAUAUAAAUCUUUCAAGGAAGAUUUUCAAUUGAUUUACUGAUUCUUUCAUGUAAAUAAAUUAAUUAGGAUUUGAUAAUUAUUUUUCACAUGGAAUGGAAUUUUAAGUUGAAUAA